AUGCCAUCGCAUAAUGUCGAGGUCUUCGUCAAGGCCCUGUCGAGGCUCCUAGGUUGGAUAUAUACCGUGUGCUGGUCGCUUUCCUUCUAUCCACAACCAUUAAACAAUAUCCGUCGCCGAUCCACCUACGGCCUAGCUAUCGACUUCCCCACCAUCAAUACACUUGGAUUCAUUUGCUACGCCAUCUACUGUCUUGGGUUUCUGUACUCGCCGCUGAUCCGGAAACAGUACGCAGCCCGUAACCCUGCUUCCCCGAUUCCUUCUGUACAGUUCAACGAUCUAGCAUUUGCAGCACACGCUGUCGUCCUCAGCGGUAUCGUGUACUCGCAAUUCUUCCCUUUUAUUUGGGGCUUCAAGGUUGCACCGUAUCAACGUGUCAGCAAGCCAAUUGCCGGACUGUUCUGGGGCUCGUUGCUAACAAUUGUUUUGUUGAUAUUUAUCAUUUGGGGUAAAAGUCCUGAUGGUGGUUCGGAUCCAUUUUCUUGGGCUUGGAUUGAUCUACUGUACGCCAUGUCCUAUAUUAAGGUGGUCAUUACAGUCGUCAAAUACGUUCCACAGGCGUGGCUCAACUAUAAGCGAAAGUCUACUACGGGCUGGGAUAUCCGACAGAUACUGUUGGACUUGACCGGUGGGUUCCUGUCUCUCGCACAGUUGGUCUUGGACUCGAGUUUCGAGGCUGACUGGAGCGGUGUCACUGGCAAUCCUAUCAAGUUCUUGCUGGGAAACGUGACAGUCAUCUUUGACGUGCUAUUCGUUUAUCAGCAUUACGUGCUUUACAAGUCUCGCAUAGAGCCAGAAGAAGAUAAUGACAACAAAACUCCUGAUGUAAGGUCGCCACUGUUGUCUGAGGAAGACGGCCUACCUCAAUAG